GCCACUAUUACCACCACUAUCAGCCCCGUUUAGACUCGUUCCUCACACGCCCAUUCUCAAAACAGGUUCCAGCAUGUUCUGUUACCACUGUCCGCCGAGCCUACAUCCGGGGUCUUCGCCAAGGAUACCAACGCUGGAAUUCCCUUACUCCCCGGCACACCCUUACACCAGCUACAGCUACCACCCGGACCUCCACGAUGAGACCUUCGUCAGGAGGAAGCAGAGGAGAAACCGGACGACGUUUACGCUGCAGCAGCUGGAGGAACUGGAAAAUGCCUUCGCGCAGACACACUACCCUGACGUGUUCACAAGGGAGGAACUGGCCAUGAAGAUCAACCUGACGGAGGCGCGGGUGCAGGUGAGACAACGAUACGGAUGCCGAUGGAAAUAGAGAUGUUGAUAGGGUCUCUG